AUGUCCAAAACCCUCAAUAAAGCUGAAGACUUAUUCACCAUUAUCCCACCUGAAUCCUUGGUCUCAAAUGACAAAUUUCUCCAAAUGGUAAUUUACUCAAGAACUGUAGAUCUCACAUUGAAUGUGAUGUAUGUGGUAUGCAAAGCUAGAGGUAAUCCUAGCAAUAUCAACAUUGGCAACAGUGAUUGUAUUCAACAUUAUCAUUCUAUAACUGUUGAAAAAGAUAAAGUGCAACAAGCAAAGGAAUAUGGUGAAGGAAAGUUUUCAAUCCUCUCAUGUAGUCCUGCCUUAGAAUUGGGUCAAAACCAGAAUCAAGUGAAGUUGAUUGUAAUCAUGGGUGCCAUGGACCCUUCAAUAUCAUAUCAGCUGAGUGGAAAAGCAGGAUGUGAUGGUCAUAGUGGUCUAAUUGUUUAUUUUGUUAGAUGCAAGAUGCCAAAAAGUCCAAACAAUGCUAGUGAAAUUGUGACAACCUUAAUGACCAAUCAAGACCAAAUGCAUGUGUUUAGGCUCACAUCAUGUUGUUUAAGAGUGGCUUAUGCUGUGAAUACUUUGAAGAACAAGAAAGGUAAUUAG